CCCGCCGGGGCCUGUGCGCUGCGGCGCGUGCGCGAGCGGUGCAGCACCGGUCGCGGGAGCAGGGAGUAUUAUGGGCUGUGGGUGCCGCUGAGCAAGAUGGAGCUGUCUGCAGUGGGCGAGCGGGUCUUCGCGGCCGAAUCCAUCAUCAAACGGCGGAUCCGAAAGGGACGCAUCGAGUACCUGGUGAAAUGGAAGGGGUGGGCCAUCAAGUACAGCACUUGGGAGCCCGAGGAGAACAUCCUGGACUCGCGGCUCAUUGCAGCCUUCGAGCAGAAGGAGAGGGAGCGUGAGCUGUAUGGGCCCAAGAAGAGGGGACCCAAACCCAAAACUUUCCUCCUGAAGGCGCGGGCCCAGGCUGAGGCCCUCCGCAUCAGCGAUGUGCACUUCUCUGUCAAGCCGAGCGCCAGCGCCUCUUCGCCCAAGCUGCACUCCAGCGCGGCCGUGCACCGGCUCAAGAAGGACAUCCGCCGCUGCCACCGCAUGUCCCGCCGCCCCCUGCCCCGCCCUGACCCCCAGGGUGGCAGCCCUGGCCUGCGCCCCCCCAUCUCACCUUUCUCCGAGACGGUGCGCAUCAUCAAUCGCAAGGUAAAGCCUCGGGAGCCCAAGCGAAACCGCAUCAUCCUCAACCUGAAGGUGAUCGACAAGGGCACGGGCGGAGGUGGCACCGGGCAGGGGGCCGGAGCCCUCGCUCGCCCCAAAGUCCCCUCGAGGAACCGCGUCAUCGGCAAGAGCAAGAAGUUCAGUGAGAGCAUCCUGCGCACCCAGAUCCGCCACAUGAAGUUCGGCACCUUCGCGCUGUACAAUAAGACCCCGCCCGGCCCUCUGCCUCCCCAGCCAGUGGGCAAGGCCGACGCUGCGGCCUCCCCGGGCCCCGGGCUGCUCCUGGCCGCCCCCACUGCCCCGUACGACGCCCGCAGCUCCAGCUCCUCCGGCUGUCCCUCACCAGCACCACAGUCCUCCUCCGAUCCUGAUGACGCGCCCCCCAAGCUGCUCCCUGAGACCCUGAGCCCAGCUGCUCCCGACUGGCGUGAGCCCGAAGUGCUCGACCUGUCCAUCCCUCCUGAGGCCGCGGCCGCCAGCAAGCGGGUGCCUCCCGACGUCCCUGCUGCCGUGGGCCCGGCGCUGCCCACAGCCCCCGAGCCUGCCAGCGCCACCUCCGAGCCUGAAGCUGGGGACUGGCGCCCUGAGAUGUCACCCUGCUCCAACGUGGUGGUCACCGACGUCACCAGCAACCUUCUGACAGUCACUAUCAAGGAAUUCUGCAACCCUGAGGAUUUCGAGAAGGUGGCCACUGGGGUAGCAGGUGCCACUGGGGGUGGUGGCAGCAGUGGGGUGAGCAAGUGAGGGGGCUCCACCAAGGAGGGGGGCUUGGGGGGGCCCUCCUGCCCAAAGUCCCACUUUCGCUCCCGCGCCCGCCCCUGCCCUCAGACGCCCCUGCCUGUGCUUUGCUUGUUUCAGAUGGCUCGGUGUCGCCCCCCGGGAUGGGGCUGGGCAGUAGGAGCCCCCCGAGGCCCAGUGGGAGCAGCAGUCCUGGAACGGGUUAGGGCUGGGUGGGGCGAGGGCGCUUGGAAGUCUUCCCUCUUGCCCCUUGGCACCCGCCCUGCCCGUGUAUGGUGGGGCCUGCUGGGUGGCUCCCCGGGAGCCCCCGAACCUUGGGUUCAGCUGCCUCCUCCGCAUCCCACUCUGUCUCUCCCCAGCUUGCUUCCAGCUCUCGCACACAGCAUCUGAUUUCUCGGUGCUAACCCGGCAGCUGUGGGGCCCCUUAGGAGACCCCCUCCCAGCGGGCGCGCUGCCCCUUUCCUCCCCUACCCGGACGCCUGGGCAGGAGGGCCAGGGAUGGCAAAGCCCAGUCAGAGGUGGAGGGGAGGCCGGCCGCGGCCCCUCCCUCCACGUCAGGGAGGGUGGCAGGAGCGGGGCCAGCGGCCUGGCUCUUCCCGCAAACUUCAGCACCUGACCCAAGCAGGUCCCCUUCGGCUCCACCCCGCCCCGGCUCCCUCCUCAACCCCAUCUCAGAGGUGGGAGGGGCCGGCAGGGCCCUUCAGUUCUCGACCAAAGGUGCUACAAGAACCUGCUGUGGAAACUUCCAGCUGGCGUGCGCACCUGCCGCCCCACGGCGUGUUUGUGCGCGUACCCGGAUGUGCCCGGGGCCCGGGCUUUCCAGGCGGCUUUGUGGAGGGUUCCUCAGAAUGGGGUUGUCCAAGGCCCGACCUUCCCUUGCCCGGACCUGGCGCGGGUCCGAGGAGUCUGCUGUGGAGCCCCCAGCCUAGCAGUGCUGGGGUGCGCGCCCCCACGCCGUCCUGUCCUGCCCGGGCGGUCCGCUCAGCCAGCCAGGCCUUUGCUGCGGAGUCGGGCUGGCGGGGACUGAGGUGGAGACGGGAGGCCCCACCCCGGCCUUGCCCUUCCUUCCUCCCCUGCGUCUGGGGGAAGGAGGAAGCCUGGAAGACACCCCGGGGGGGCUCCAGCCUCUCCCCCGCUCUUCGCUUCUGACCGCUGAGGCUUCUCUCACCGCGCAGUCUGUUCGAAGCAGCCGGAGGCGCCAGAGCCCAGGGCAGCUUUCCUUCUCUCUCUUGCCAGGGAGCUAGGGUGUCCAUGGCAGUGGCAGAGACAGGGCCCCUGCUUCAGGCCGGGCCCUGGGAGGGCGGGCAGGCCAAAGGGGGUGACCAAAGAGGGGGCUUGUGUUCUCCAGGAGAGGGAGGGCAUGCGGGACUGGGGCGCUGUGGGGGCCGCCUGCCCGGCCAGCCCUGGGUCUCAGUCAGGCCUGGGUGGUGUGGUCCUGAGCGGGGCUCGCGGGAGCUUCCGGGCGCGUGCAGGGAGAGGUGUCUCAACUCGGAAGCGUGAUGGCGGAAGGGAGGAGGAGGCAGAAAGGGAAUCCCGUUAGGUAACAGAUGCCUUUGUCGGAAGUAUGGGAGGACUCGCUCUUCCAGAUCUCCCUGCCAGGGUGGCCCCUGGCCCUCCGCACCCCCGGAUGUAGAACAAGGGCCCUCACAGGGUUUGGGGGGCUGGCACUCCUAGACCCCUCCCCACCCUGCCCUUUGUGUUGGCUCUGUGGCCGUCCAAGUGCCAAUUGGCUUCCCCCCCGAAUAAGGGCUGGUAUUUCUCCUCUGUCCUUAGAGGGGAUUUCCCCCCGACCCCUCACCCCAGGUGAGUGACCACCUGGGUGCCAGUUACAGGUGUUUUCCAGAGACCAUAGAAAUGUGUUUUCCUGAGAGUCCGUGUCAUUCGUGACUUUUUUUGUAAAGAAGUUGUGUUUUCAGAGGUGAUUUUAUGACAGGAAAGUGAAAGAAUUAGUUUUGCAAAAAAACAAAAAACAAAAAAAGAGGAAAAAAAAAGAAAUAGAAAAAAAUAUUGUGGGAUUCCUAUGGGGUCGGGGUGGGAGUGGGGGGGAGAGAAAGAGAUAUUUAAAGAAAAACUAGUACUGCAGUGAUUGCACAGGUAAGGUGGCGAUGUUAGGAACGGGGAUGGGGGCCUAGGCCCGGCUGGUGGGGUCCCUGGGGUCUGGCCGACUGCUCUCUCUCUCCUUGGCCUGAGGCAGGGGGCGGCCUCCCUCCUGUCCUGGGCCCAGCCCCCACACCUACCCUCCUUCAAAGGGAAGGAUGACCACUGGUCCCAAGGGAACUCGCCAGAGCUGCAGGGGCCAGGCGAAUGGAGCUGAGAUUUGAGGGGAGGGUGGGGGGCGGUGAGCGGGAGUCCCACUGUUGCAUCCUUGGUGACUUUGUCCAGGAAAGCUGGUGAGUAGAUACACUUGGGUUUCUCACUCUCUUCCACUCAUUUGCCAGCUUGUCCGGUCAUCUGGCCCCUCCCUCCCCAUCACCCCAAAGACCGUGACACCCCUGAGCUUCCCUGUCCAGGUAGGGGAUACAGGCCUCAGAAAGGCAGGAGCUGUAGAUUCUGGGAGAAUCUUAGGUGAUGACCCUAAGGGAUUGGGGGUGCCCGUGGGGAGAAGAGAAUGCCUAGCCCUUCUCUUCCCACAGGUGGGUUGCUGCCCCUGACCCUCAGCCGUGCGGCCCCACCCCAUCUCAGCACACGCGGGGGCACGCAUGCACACUGCUUCGAGGUGGGCGCCUCCCCUGGGAGGCCCAGGUGGGCACAGGGUCAAGAGCAGGUGGAGCUUUCCUUACCUCUCUCCCAGGGUGGCUCUGAGCGGGGACCCAUAAUCCCCCCACACACACUUGCACGAAUCAGCCUCCUCUGGGCCCUCCCUCUCCCCUUGCUGCUUUUCCGUUUGCCUAAUUACCAAGCAGAAGUUGCAUUCUGGUUUGCUUUACUUUUAUAUGUGAAAUACCCCCCAAAGCCCAAUCUCCCAUAUUCAGUAUCGGUUGGGGCAUCGGUCCUCUCCCCUUAAUGCCACCCCUUCCCCACCCAUGUGUCAUAGGAAGCAGGUGAGGUCUGAUGUCCAGUUUGAGGUGGGAAGUUGGGACACCUCCCUGUCUCAUUCCCCUCUCUGACCCUCAGUGUGCCCUUCUGUGAAAUGGGUGUAUUGGGCUCAAGUCCUCUUCAUAAAGCACUGCUGGUGUCCAGACAGCUGCUGAGGAUUCAGUGCUGGUAGAGGUCGCUGGCGCUGGGACCUCUAGCCUCCCACAGCCCCCUCUCAUUCUUGCCUUGCAAAGGGGUCUGGGGCAAAAUGAACACCAUCCUUCCCCUGCUCUGGAAGGAAGUGAUGAUUGAGGUCCAACCUCAGUGAGAGGUGGGCAGAGUAGGAGGGAUCACCCCAUUGAAAAGACCAGGGAACUGGGGCUCUGGGAGGCAAAGCUGCUUCGCUGGGGUGAAGAGCCCAGCUGCUCUGGCAUUUUGGGAAAAGCCCCUUCAAAGGGGGUGGGGGGGCGGACGCUGAAGCCACUGCAGAGCUGGCAGGUGUCCCCCCACCCCUUUGCCAGGCAGUCCUGGGUGAGGGGUCAGCCCAAACGGAGGAAAUAUAGGUCGGGGGUACUGGGCCAUGACCAGCCCUUUUAGCCUCCUUGGGGCCCAAGUGGACGCACCACCAUUCCUAACUUUUGGGGUUUUAUUGGUUGGUUGGGUUGGGUUGGGUUUUUUGGUCUUUUUGGGUUUUUUUGUUUUUGUUUUUGUUUUGUUUUUGCACUUGGCCCACGCCGGACAGUGGAGCCCCACACGGUCAGUUCUGCUUUCGGGCUCCCAUGCACUAGCCCAAGGCAGCCUCUCGGGGGCUUGUAUGGUUUAAGGAAUCACUUUUAAAAAGAAAAGGAGAGUGUUUUAAAGGUUUUCGUUUUUCUCAGUCUGCAUCUCCUCUCAGAUUCAGAAAGGAGUUUAGGGGCUAACACUCCAGGAGAGGGUCUCCCUAGCCUGACUCCAUCUUGCUGACAGUCACCAAGAUGCCGAAAUAGGGGGACAGGCUGAGUGGAGACUGAGGACCCCACACCCCAGGCCUGUGGGGUCCCCCUGCCUCGCCUUGAAGGAGUCGAUAACCCACUCCAGCAGUGAGUGAGUGCCUACUGUAUGCAGAGCUUCAGCUAGGCAAACAGGGCUGAUGGUCUAACGGGACUCCUUGCAAGAGGCCAGGGUAGAAGGAACCAAGAGUUCUGGGGCCUGCCCCCGCUGUUGGGCGGAGUGCAGAUGGACACUUUUUGUUUGUUUUAAUUUAAAAACACAAAGGCCUAAAGAAAUGUAUCUUAUAAUUUUUUUAAUUUUUGAAAAGCUCAUUUAAUGAAUUGUGCACGAAUGAAUUCUAUAUAUAUAAAAUAUACGUAUAGCUCUAUAUUUGGGGAGGGGCGCUGUCUCUUUUUUCUCUUUUCUCAUUUUAAAAAUGAAGUGUUGUUGCCUUUGUCUGUGGCUCAACCAUCCAGCUCCCAGCUGCCUAAACUUUGCCUCCAGUGGUGACAGAGGGACCGAGUUGGGUUGGCAGGAGACCAGGAGUGGAGCUGCCGCCCCAGCGUGGGGGUGGGUCCCCCAGGCCACCUGCCCCAGAGGUUGCGGGUGUGGGUUUUGGUUCUGUUGUUCUGGAUUCGGUUGUUUCUGGGCCAGGGGAGGGGGGUUUGUGCCGAUUACUCUUGUCUUGUACGUUUAGUUCUGCUGCUCUUCAAUGUUGUAUCAAUGCCAGGAAGGGGGAGUGAAAAGCCUCUUUUGCCCCCCAAAUAAAUUGUCACAUUCCGAAGCUAA